CGAAUUCAUCGACGAAGACGGUCACUACUACAUCAGCAACAACAUUUAAUCCAUUCACGCGCUCUAAGUCGAUGAACAGGAGACAUACGAAUCUCCAGCCAGAACACAACGCAUCAUCAGCUGCGGGCAAGCUCAAUGGUUUCAAGACGCACAAUGGAUUCCAGGACAGCAGUAUGGUGCUCGCACAUAGCAUGUCACAUCAUGAAUUGCCCGACACUGGUGGAGUGGAUAGAGGUGAUCCAUAUCAUUGGAUUGGAUCCGGCGAUGGAAUACUGGGUGAGGCCAAAUAUGGAGAUAUAACAGUGGGUGUGCUAAAUGUGAUGGAACUAGCAUACUACACAAUACGGACAUUUGUGUUGCACAAAAGUGGAUCAUUGGAGCGUCGAGAGGUUCGCCAGCUGCAGUUCACCGCAUGGCCAGACCAUGGCGUUCCAAACCAUCCUGCACCACUCUUAAUGUUUCUACGGCGGGUGCGCGCCGAGUGCCCCCCAGACGCGGGACCAAUCAUCGUACACUGCUCUGCCGGUGUUGGGCGAACCGGCGCUUUCAUUCUCCUGGACAUCCUGCUCGAAAAAAUGAAACAGGAAAAGGCGGUGGACGUGCAUGGGGCAGUCAGUCGAUUGCGCGCUCAGCGAAACUUCAUGGUUCAGACUGAGGAUCAAUACGCGUUUGUAUAUGAUGCGCUGGUGGAGGCCGCUUCGAGCGGAAACACAGAGCUAACAGUCCGCCAGCUGGCGGCCCACUGGUCUCGUCUAACUAAAUUGGAUGGAGUCAGUUACGUGACUGGGAAUGAAGCAGAUUCAUUGAGUGGACUAGAGUUGGAAUUCACGCAGCUUGUUUCACAGAUACAACUCGCCAAAUUCACGUCUCCGCCGUCCACUAUCGGCCUGUUGUCACCCAUCGAUUUACUAAACGACCAUGAGGAAAGCCGCAUUCUGAAUGGCAGUUUCAACACCCCACGAGUUCCCUCCAACGGCCUACCCUACCAGAAAACGAGUGCAGCCAAUAUGCUAGUGAACCAGCGGAAAAACCGUCACGAAAACUUCGUCCCGCAUGAUGCCAAUCGCGUGUUAUUAAGGGCAAUUCGUGGAGUGGAUGGAUCCGAUUACAUUAAUGCCAGUUACAUAGAUGGAUAUCACUCGAGAGCUGCAUAUAUCGCCACGCAGACGCCGUUAAUCACCACGGUGGAUGACUUCUGGCGCAUGAUUUGGGAAACGGGAUCAUGUUUAAUCGUGCGGCUAGAAAACUCAACACCGGUUGGAGAGCCACCCGUCGUGGACGUGACUAUGUACUGGCCGAAUGUCCAGCACGCUAGACAUGGGUUUCUCGUGGUGGAUCCAAUCGGCACCUACACCAUGGUCACCUACAUGAUGCGGGAAUUUCGGCUUACUGACACGAGAGAUGGGACCACUCGUACCAUCCGUCAGUUCGAUGCGACACAAACAACCGAUCGAAUGGUUGAUUUGGAAGAGACGUACACAUUAACGUGCAGUGAAAACGCACUAGGCGCACAUCCAGUUGGAUCUGAGCAUGAGGCAGUAUUUGGCAAAACCCUAAAUGGCA